AUGAAGGCUAUACCCAUUGUCCUCGGUUUCCUUGGGGCUGGUGCCGUGGCUGCGGUCCUUGACAGCCAUAAGUCUAAUUAUAAUCAUCAUCUCCAUCCAAAACUCAAACGAGAUGCCUGCUCUGGGAAUACAGCCAGUGAUAGACAGACAUGGUGCAACUACAAUGCCAGCACGAACUACUAUGACGUGGUCCCAAACACCGGCGUGACCCGGGAAUAUUAUUUCAACAUUGAAGAGGUCACUGUUGCGCCAGAUGGCUAUUCCCGAACAGCGAUGGCUGUCAAUGGUUCGAUUCCAGGUCCGACAAUUCAGGCUGAUUGGGGUGACCAUGUCAUUGUGCAUGUCACCAAUAGCUUGGCUUCGGCAAAGAACGGAUCUAGCAUCCAUUUCCAUGGAAUUCGCCAAAACUACACCAAUCCAAACGAUGGUGUUGUUUCGAUCACUCAGUGUCCGACAGCUCCGGGGAAAACAACAACUUACAAAUGGAGAGCCACGCAGUACGGCUCGUCCUGGUACCAUUCUCACAUUGGGCUGCAGGCUUAUGAGGGUGUUUUCGGUGGCAUCUUGAUCAACGGACCUGCUACUGAAAAUUAUGAUGUUGACAAAGGCGUUCUCUUCUUGAACGAUUGGAGUCAUCAAACGGUCGAUGAGCUUUAUGAUUCUGCCCAGUCAAGCGGCCCGCCCACUCUGGACAAUGGCCUGAUCAACGGAACCAAUGUUUACGGCGAGGAUGGUUCCACUACCCAGACGGGAUACCGUUUCAACACAUCGUUUACCGAAGGUACCUCCUACCGUCUGCGGCUAGUGAAUGCGGCGGUCGACACGCACUUCAAGUUCUCAAUUGACAAUCACACCCUCACCGUGAUGGCCAUGGACCUCGUACCUAUCGAACCUUUUGAUACCAAAGUUCUUAGUAUCGGCAUGGGCCAACGUUAUGAUAUUGUUGUUCGCGCAGAUCAAUCUAGCAGCAACGAGAGCUUCUGGAUGCGUGCUAUCCCCCAAUCAGCGUGUUCCGACAACGACAGCUCGGAUAACAUCAGGGGCAUUGUGUACUAUGGCAGUACACCAUCCACUCCGACAACCUCUGCCUAUUCGUACACUGACAGCUGCGAUGAUAUGGACAUGUCCGAUCUGGUGCCAUAUCUCUCUCAAAGCGCCUCCCUUCCUUACUAUAACGCGAGCGAGCCCGUAACCCUGGGCGAGAACUCCGAGAACCUCUUUCGCUGGAAGAUGAACGGCACGUCGAUGCAGGUCUACUGGGACAACCCAACUCUGCUCCAGAUCUGGAACAACCAAACGUCCUUUGCGAAUCAAAGUGGUGUGGUGGAGCUGCCGCGGGCUAACGAAUGGUCCUACGUUGUGAUCGAAACUUCCCUCACCGUGCCACAUCCUAUCCACUUGCACGGGCACGACUUCUUCGUACUUGCCCAGGGCUCUGGCUCGUAUAGUUCCUCGGAAAUCCAAAGCUUGGCCAACCCGCCUCGUCGCGAUGUAGCCAUGUUACCUAGCUCUGGCCACUUGGUAGUGGCUUUUAAGACUGAUAAUCCCGGUGCAUGGUUGAUGCACUGUCACAUUGGAUGGCAUACGGAGGAAGGAUUCGCUAUCCAAUUCCUAGAGCGAUAUGAGGAGGCGCGCCAAUUGAUUGAUUAUAGCACUCUUAACUCUACUUGCGAGCAGUGGGAUGAAUACGUGCAAGUAAGCAAGGUCGAGGAGGAAGACGAUGGAAUUUAG